AUGACCAACGACGUCGAGACAAACUCUGCGCUCAAGCGCUCAGAUACCACCAACGAAGCCAUCCGCGAUGCAGAAGAUCUCGCAAACUUUGGCCAUGACCAGAGUCUCACGCGAAAAUUCAGCAUGUGGAGCAUGUUCGCUCUGGCCUUCUCGGUCCUGGGUACGUGGUCCACGUUCGCGCAGGGCAUCGACAGCGGCUUGACCAGCGGAGGCCCAAUCGCCAUCCUCUGGGGCCUGGUUCUCGUGUUUGUCUGCAAUAUCUGCGUUGCCGUGUCGCUGGGUGAGAUGUGUAGUAGUAUGCCCACGGCACUCGGUCAGGCGUACUGGAUCUCUCGAUUGUGGCCGACAAAGGCUGGACGGUUCUGCUCGUAUCUUUGUGCGUGGAUUAACAUGACCGGCUGGAUCACUUUGUCCGCGUCGCAGAUUGCUUUCAUGGGCGAGUUUAUGCUCAAGAUGAAGGUUCUCUUCCAGCCGGACUGGGCUGGUGCGGAUAAGGGAUGGGUUCUAUUCCUCGUCUACGUCGGUGUCACUCUAGCUAUGACUCUAUUCAACGUCGUGGCCUGUCGAAAGGACAUCGUUCUUCCCUGGUUCAACAACUUCGUUGGUGUUUCCUUCGCCAGUCUCUUCUUCAUCAUCAGCUUGGCCAUGCUUAUCUCCGUCGGAACCAAGGAUAACCUUCAUUACCAGCCUGCCAGCUUCGUCUUUGGACAGUGGAUUAACCAGACUGGCUGGCCCGAUGGUGUUACCUGGUUCUUGGGCCUUAUCCAAGCUGCCUACGGUCUUACGGCCUUCGAUGCUGCUAUCCACUUGGUCGAAGAAAUUCCCUCACCGCGAAAGAACAUCCCCCGCGUUAUCUGGCUCUCGGUUACUAUCGGCGCCAUCACUGGUUUCAUCUUCAUGGUCGUCUGUCUCUUCUGUAUCGUGGAUAUGAGCAUCGUCACUGAUCCUACGACCGGACUUGCUUUCAUGGAUCUCCUCAAGCAGACUGUCGGUCUUCAGGGCGGAACUGUCCUUCUGACACUGUUCAUUGUGAACGGUAUCGGACAGGGUAUUGGAAUCGUUACGACCGCUUCGCGUUUGACUUGGGGUUUUGCUCGAGACGGCGGUCUUCCUUGGAGUGGCUACUUUGCAAAGGUCGACGAUUUCUGGAGGGUUCCUGUUCGUGCACUUUGGCUUCAGGGCGGUGUCAUGGCUCUCAUCGGAGUUCUCUACACUUUCGCCUCAACAGUCUUGGAAGCUAUUCUAAGCGUCAGCACAAUCGCGCUCACGGUAUCCUACGGCAUGCCCAUUCUUUGUCUCCUCCUCGUCGGCCGAGACAAGCUCCCACCGGGAGAAUUCUCCCUCGGUCGAUUUGGUUCAGUCAUCAACUGGGUCAGCGUCAUCUACUGUGCCGUCACCACCGUUUUCUUCUUUUUCCCGGGCGCACCGAACCCAUCGGUUUCAGACAUGAACUACGCCAUUGCUGUGUUCGGCAUCAUGCUUGUCAUCACGCUCGUGUUCUGGGUCGUCAAGGGACGUAUCACUUAUCUGGAGACCGAGGAGGCGCAGGGAAACAUCAUCUAUGCGCAGCGCGCGGAGCGGGCUAACUAUGUCGAUGUCGAUGUCCGAACCAAGACGGAUACGGAAGCUCGUCGGGCUUCUCAGACCGGAGGGCCUAGUGCUUCCUGA